UUACAGUGUGUUUGACCCUAACUUAAUUUUACACCAGAAUAUCCCUUUAAUACAAUACAAAGAAAUUCAAACAGAUGUUUUUUCAUGAUAUCCAAAAGCAAACAUGACCAUCAGGGUAAAUAUGGAUGAUUUUUAUAUUGUAAAAUUUAAUGCCCCAAGCCAACACAAGGGGGUAGGUGACAGUCAAGCAGCUAUAGGAAACAGCCCUGGUCCGACAGUUUACACCUUAAUAUUCACACCUAAUUUACACCUGAUAAAUGAUAUAUCUUACUGUCCAAUAUAAGCAGGAUGAGGUUUUAGGUCAAAAGUCAAUACCAAAAUUGACACAAACCUAAAGUUCCUCACAAGAGCCUUAAGCAAGAAAAGAAACAACCCUCAAAUUCUGAUUUCUUCCACAUUGCUUUAAUGAUACUGACCUAUCCCUGAUUGUGAAAUCACAACGUCAAAGAAACUAAAUUUAUGAAUAGGAACCCUUUGAUGAGUCAGCUAACGGUUUUCAGCAUACCGGCGUAAUCACCUCUCCAGAGGAAGUGGUGUGUUGAGCAUUCAGAGUUCAAAAAGGUUCCCACGAUUCCAUUCAUGCCUUCUCUGCAUACCAGUCAUUCAAGAGUUUCGUACCAAACCCAAACACGCUGCGCUCACAUGCACAACAGGUGACUUCCUCACCCAGUCGGAGACAACUAAAUCUGCUGCAACAAAAACAAAAGUAGCCUAAAUCUUCUUUUGGCAAAGACGCAGACACCCACAUUGUUAGAUUGUCCUCAAGACACUUUCGACCUUUGACAGCCUCACCUGUGUAGCUCACGUCAUCAAAUCACACUCUGACAUACUAAAAAUUACCUUGUAUCCUGACGUUUGGCUUGCCAUUUACAAUGUGGACAAACUGCAAUCUCAACAUUUUUCUUGGAGGAACACGCCCACAUGGCUGCAAAGAUCCAACAAAAAGCAGAUCUAGCUAACUUUGAGGCGUCACAAUGACUCAUUACCUGAACUAACGACAGAAAGCUAGGAUUUCCAGAGCUGGUAAGGAGAGACUUCUUAUUUAAAUCAUUAAAAGUGAUAGUAUACUAUUACUACUCUGUGACAGUUUGUGACUCUUUUUCAGAUUUUAAAAUGUGUUUGUUAUUAUUAUUGGCAUUUAAAACUUCAUGGUGAGGACAUUAGCGCCAAGAAAGUGAGAGAUUACUUUGCGGCUGUGUGACAAAAAUGUUUUUUGUGUGUGUUUUCUCAGAGACGGGCAAAAGAAAAGUGACAUGAUGGCAGGUAAUUAUAAAAAUGUUGGGAUAAUUGAUCAAAGUAGUAUAUUCAGUUUUGAGAGAUUUCUUUCCUGAGAUUUUGUGCGUCUUUGUAGAACACGGAUCCCCUUGUGAUGCACAGGAAGCCACUUACUGCAUGAACGGAGGGACAUGCUAUAAAAUACAUUCAAUGAAUACUCUCUCCUGUGUGUAAGUUAAAUAAAACACUUUUUUUGGAAAAGUAACCCCUUGGGAAUCUCUUAUUUCUCCAUCUAUGUUAGAACUUUUUGGUGCCACAUGUCAAGUUUCAUGACCAAGUACUUUUUUUGGAUUUGCUGUCUUAUCCAGGUGCAAUGACAAUUACAAAGGCAGUAGAUGUGAGCAGUUCCAGCUCUUCAGCAGCUCUUCCAAAGCAGGGGAGGCCGGGUUAAUUGCAGCUGUGAUCAUUGUUGCCCUCCUCAUUUUAGUGGUGCUGGUGUUUGUUAUCUACUACGUACGCAAGUGAGUACUUCAUGGCUUCGGGAUUAUCAGCAUUGUCAAAGUGUUUAAAAAUAACACGAGGAUAUGGUCAUUUUUGUGUAAUACAGCCUCUAUUGUUUUUUUAAGCCAUUUGCCCUUUUUUUUUGUUCACUCAGGAUGCUGAAAGCCAAGCGACAGAGCCAACAAAAAAAUCAGCAGCAGUAUUGGCGAGUGAAACCAAGAGUGUGACCUUUCUUCUGAUGUGCGUCUCUACUGCAUGUGUGUUGGAUGGGAUGAUGAAAUAACUUUCAGAGUUGACAGCUGCUUGCCUUGUUGGACUUAGUACUAUAAGACGAUCACUGACUAGACUUUGGAAAACUGCUGCACCAACUUUCUAUGCAGUCAAAGCAGGUAAAGAGCUGCUAGCUCAUUAAUAGUCUCAUCUGUAACCCUUUGUGUUCGCUACAAAAAGGUGUAACUCUCACACACACAUACCAGGUGUGACACAAGUGUGAGUGGGUGGGAAUUUAAUAACAGCCUGAAUAGUACCUUUUUUAAAUGUAGCUUCUGUGGCACCACGGUUGUUACUCGUAUUAAGUCACAUUUCAAUCUGCAUGCUUUGUCUGGAUUUUAUAAAGCCUAUUUAGACUGUGUAUGAGUAUAGAGAGAAAGUAAUAUUUUUAAUAUUUAACUGGUACUGUGGAUUAAGAAAUGAAACCCUGUACAAAUGCUCACUCUGCUGUAAGUAUUUUUAAAUGUGUAAUUAUAUGGAAUGAUCUCUAGUCACUGAUU